AUGAAGUUCUGGGCACCCGCUCUACUGGCUACUCGCGCCGCUGCCUCGGCCGUCAUCGAACCGCAUCUGGUGCCCAUUGACAACAAGGUCAACCUAUUUGCCGACAACGGCCAUGCCAAGGGCGGCUUCCUCCACUCUCGCCACGGUGGUGGCAAUGACGAUGCCGCCGCGUCGCCUUCACACCCGCGGUUUACUAUCCCCACGUCGUAUGAGUCUGCUGUCCUGGCCCGCCGCAUCCUGUCGCUGACCCCUUUCGGUACUAUCUCUACUGUUUUCCCUCACGACGCUGCUGUCGGUGGCAGCUCCGCUCCUCCGGCUUUCCACACAUGGGAGAACCGCCCGGCCGGUCUUGGCGGCGUCCCUGUCGGCCUUCCCGAGUACCUGGCGGCCUGCGAAGAAGGCAACGAGGACGGAAGCGACAGCGAGAACGCCGGUAACCCGACCUUGCUGGCCAUCAGCAUUGCCACUACCUUCAAGAACGCCCGUGCCGGCUCCAACGUCAGCCUUGCCCUGCAGUGGGAGCCUCCGCACCCGCCGAGCCCGGCCCGCGUGUCUCUUGUGAGCGGCAUCCAGAAGCUGUUUGGCUAUGGCAAUGACAAGGACGAGUCGGAGGGCGUGGCCAAGGUUAAGCGCUUUCCUCCCUCAGUCGCCGCCCUUCCCCGCUUCUCGCUCAUCGGCUACCUCGAACCCAUCACCGGCCAGGACGCUCCCGACUCGGCCUUGGCGAAAUGCUUCAUCGCCUCGCAUCCCGACGCGAAGUACUGGCUGCCCGGCAGUCGUGUCCACCAGUCGGAGUGGCUGCGCCUGGUGGUGACGCACGUGUACUGGAUUGGCGGCUUCGGUGACCGGGCCUACAUUGGCUGGAUCCCCGUCGAGGAGUGGCGCAAUGUGUCGCGGGCCGAGUACGAGAAGGCUCAGCUCCCGGGCGAACACAACGGGUGGAAGGCCGGUGCUGUGGGCUACGAGUUGUAG